GUAUUGAGAGAGAGAGAGAGAGAGAGAGGGACUCGUGUGACUUGUUUGCUGAGGAUAUUGGAUUUCUCUAUUCAUCGUCGUUAGUUCCCUAUCCUCUCUGCCAGCUCUGUGAGGACGUCUGAUGCGCUGACCAGCCCUGCUGUAGCCUGUCACUCUCGGGGUUGUCUGGCCGUGGACACAGACUGGACUGGACAUCCGUGAUUGUAUUUUAAAAAAUGAGCUGGUACAUUACCACACCUUUGUUGCGCGUUGAAGACACUAUAUGAACAGUGAAGGGACUUUCCGUGAACGAAGAGACUCCUGGUUUUCAGUUGGGGUUUAUUUUACGCGUAUUUUUCUGUGAAGGUUACGGAUCUUGCUCAAGAAUGAGGGCGUUUUAGAAGAUGAAGACAAGUGAAUGAUCACACGAAUAUAUGUGCUACUGUAAACCAAGACAUUGCCCUGAGUAGACCCUAACGUCAUUCCAUUGUGGUUUAACACAAAUCAGCUUCCUUGGAUCUUACUUUUGUUGUGUUAGUGUAUUUUUGCAUAAUAUAUUUUUCCCCCAAUGAUUUUUGGAUUAGCAGAACUGUAGAAUUCAAAUAAUACAGGGAAUACUCGCCAAGAGGGAAGAUGGGGAACAGUGUCUAGAACUGCCAGGAGAGGAAUGCCCCAGACUGUGUUCCCAGCAGCAGGCACCAUGUUCACCCCCAGUGGCUUCAGCCCCCACCUGGCCUCCACCUGCUCUGAGGCUGACCCUGAGGAGGAGGAAGGCCCCCAGGAGGCCAGAGGACCUGGGGCUUGCGUGGCCGACGGACCCCCCAUUACCUCCGCCUCUCUGGACACUCUCAUCCAGCACCUGGUGCCCACCGCAGACUACUACCCAGAGAAAGCCUAUGUGUUUACGUUCCUGCUGAGUGCUCGUCUGUUCAUCUCUCCUCCUGAGCUGCUGGCCAGACUCUGUGACACCUGCAUCAAACAACAACAGUUGGACCAGAGUCCAAUGGACACGGCUAAAGUGAGGAAGUUUGGUCCCAAGAUCCUGCAGCUGCUGACUGAGUGGACAGAGACGUUUCCCACAGACUUCAGAGAGGAGAAGAUGGUGGGCCUUUUCAAAGAUAUCAUCCACAGGAUAGCACCCUGUGAUGAGGCGUAUUGGAAGACACUGAACCAGGUUUUGCAGACACUGAACCAGAAGCUGGCAGCCAUCGCCCAGGGAGAGGAGAGCAUUGUCAAAGUGAAUGCCUCCUCAGUCUCCUCAAUCUCAGACAAGCUGGUGGGCUUCAAGACCAAGCCUCCACCUAUCCAGAAGGAUAUACUGUCUAUCUGCAAUGACCCAUACACACUGGCACAGCAACUCACCCAUGUGGAACUGGAACAUCUCAGUUAUAUCGGUCCGGAGGAGUUUGUCCAAGCCUUUGUUCAGAAAGACCCACUAGAUAGCACUCAGCAGCCGUGUUUCAGUGAGCAGAAGAAGAAGACCACUAACCUGGAGGCUUAUGUCAGGUGGUUCAACAGGCUGUGCUACCUGGUAGCUACUGAGAUCUGUAUGCCUGCUAAGAAGAAACAGAGAGCCCAGGUGAUUGAGUUCUUCAUCGAUGUGGCCAGAGAGUGCUUCAACAUUGGCAAUUUCAACUCCCUCAUGGCCAUCAUCUCUGGUAUGAAUAUGAGUCCUGUGUCUCGGUUGAAGAAGACGUGGGGCAAAGCCAAGACUGCCAAGUUCUUCAUCCUGGAGCAUCAGAUGGACCCUACUGGAAACUUCUACAACUACAGAACAGCACUUAGGGGAGCCGUCCACAGGUCCCAGACUGCUAAUAGCAUCAGGGAGAAGAUUGUUAUUCCCUUCUUCAGCCUACUGAUCAAAGACAUAUACUUCCUGAAUGAGGGAUGUGCCAACCGCUUGCCCAAUGGCCAUGUACAUUUUGCGAAAUUUGUGGAAUUGGCUCGCCAGGUGGGAGAGUUUAUGACGUGGAAACAGAUAGAGUGUCCGUUUGAGACAGACAGGAGCAUCCUCCACUACCUCCACACUGCUCCCAUCUUCAGUGAGGACGGCCUCUACCUGGCAUCCUAUGAGAGUGAGAGCCCAGAGAACCAGGUGGAGAAGGACAGAUGGAAAGCACUCAGGUCUAAUAUUCUGGUGAAGACAAAAGAGCUAAAAGAGCACCAUGGCAGCUAACCCUCAGGCCAGCCCAGCGAGGGAGGGAGGGAGUGGAAUCACUGCACUAAAACAAACUGUGAAAGAGCCUAGCUGGUGCCGAGGUGUUUUUCUACACAUGAAGUAUAGAAGUGAUGAAACAAUAAUGAUGAACAGGAUUCAUCAACAUCAUGACCAGUAAAAACACAAUGGAAGAACAAAGGUCAACAAGCAGUGAAAAGUUAAGCUACUGUAUGCACACUAACUGGGGGAGUACAAUGUCAUUACCUUUGGUUUGACUUUUGUACAUGGGGUACAUAAUAAGGGAUAGAUCAAUCCCGCAAUCUUGGUGUUUAUUUACUCUUUAUCAUCUUUCUUUGUCUCUCCCUCUCUUAUCUUUCUUUCUCUCCAAAGCCUUGUGUAAGUUUUCUAUUGUGCUGUUAGAAUCCUUUAAAAGUAAGAGUAACUAUGAUGUGAAGGGCGCUGGCUUGCCCACUUAGCUGCCGGACUGUGUUUGGUCCUCUACUACUGAAGACUCCUUCUAAAGACUACUUCUAAAGACUACUUCAAAAGACUACUUCUAAAGACUACUACUAAAGACUACUUCUAAAGACUACUACUAAAGACUACUACUAAAGACUACUUCUAAAGACUACUAUCGAUGACUUCUACUAAAGACUACUUCUAAAGACUAGUAUCGAUUACUUCUACUAAAGACUACUUCUGAAGACUACUUCUAAAGACUAGUAUUGAUGACUUCUACUAAAGACUAGUAUUGAUGACUUUUACUAGACUACUUCUAAAGACUACUAUUGAUGACUUCUACUAAAGACUACUAUUGAUGACUUCUACUAUAGACUACUUCUAAAGACUACUUCAAAAGACUACUUCUAAAGACUACUACUAAAGACUACUUCUAAAGACUACUACUAAAGACUACUACUAAAGACUACUUCUAAAGACUACUAUCGAUGACUUCUACUAAAGACUACUUCUAAAGACUAGUAUCGAUUACUUCUACUAAAGACUACUUCUGAAGACUACUUCUAAAGACUAGUAUUGAUGACUUCUACUAAAGACUAGUAUUGAUGACUUUUACUAGACUACUUCUAAAGACUACUAUUGAUGACUUCUACUAAAGACUACUAUUGAUGACUUCUACUAUAGACUACUUCUAAAGACUACUAUUGAUGACUUCUACUAAAGACUAGUAUUGAUGACUUCUACUAAAGACUACUAUUGAUGACUACUAAAGACUACUUCUAAAGACUACUAUUGAUGACUUCUACUAAAGACUACUAUUGAUGACUUAUACUAAAGACUACUUCUAAAGACUACUAUUGAUGACUUCUACUAAAGACUACUAUUGAUGACUUUUACUAGACUACUUCUAAAGACUACUAUUGAUGACUUCUACUAAAGACUACUUCUAAAGACUACUAUCAAUGACUUUUACUAGACUACUUCUAAAGACUACUAUUGAUGACUUUUACUAGACUACUUCUAAAGACUACUAUUGAUGACUUCUACUAAAGACUACUUCUAAAGACUACUAUUGAUGAUGACUACUACAGAGUACCAGGAACCACUGGAGAUACAUCCUGCAUUAUAUCAUUCCACAUACAUAAAUAUGUGUGUGUGUGUGUGCGUGCGUGUGUGUGCGUGCGUGCGUGUGUGUGUGUGUUUGCGUGUGCAUGUGUGCAUGGUCUCAGUUGAGGGGCUUAUUCUUAUUAAAAUGUAAAUCUCUCAUCCUCAGUGGAGAGACUGUUGUUGAAACCAUGAAACCAGGGUAUUUUCAUCUCCAUGUCUGAAUCUAGUCUACCUGUACAUUGUAGGUGUGGAGGGCUGGAGAUAUCAGCAUUGUCUACUCCUAUUCGAAAAUGGAUUGUGCCAUGAAAGCGACAGCAAAACAAUCAAUCAUGGCAAGAGCCAGGCCUGUGUAUAGAUUGUGUAUAAAGGAUUACUUUUCUCAUGUACCCCCUGACAUCUUUCUGCUCUCCAGGAAGAAGUCUCUCUCUGACUGAUGUUCAGUUGUCAGAUAUUUAUGGUUUUGUUGUUCUUUUUUUAAAUUCCUCUAUUGAAAAUGAAGUCUGCUAAAUGUCAUGCAAAAGACAGUGUUUUAAAGGGGCAUUAUAUGUAGGGUUCCACCACUGAACUACUGGAGGUGUUUUAGGCCAUUGGAAUAUGAGCUACAUGAUCAAAUGGAUACUUUCACCAAUAACAUCUGCCAUUGUCUUUCUACUGUUGGAGAGGGAACGUUGUGCCAGUUUAUCACUACUAGUUGUUACAAUUAUCCAGGUUCUUUUAACUUGAAACUUGCUGUUGUUUAUGACUUUGUUGUCCUGUGGGAUAGUCACAUGUUGUGAUCCCUGGGGGUGAUCAUAAAGGAGGAAUAUGGUGGGGGAGGGAUGUGUUAUUCCAUGUUUUUAAGAGACAGUUUGAUUCAAUUUUAUAUGAUUGGUGUUCAAGUGAUGCACCCAUAGCCCUGUCCUUUUAACAACAGUCUGGUUCUCUCUCUCUCUCUCUGUCUCUGUCUCUCUGUCUCUGUCUCUCUCUGUCUCUCUCUCUCUCUUCUCUACCCCUAAACACUUUCCCUGCCCAGUUACCUACACCCAUGCCAUGCCACACUGUCUUGUAGGAUCAGGAGGCAUCCAAGGUAACAGUUUUCAGUGCAGUGGUUUCAGUGAAGAGUGAAGAGUGUGUGACACCCUGAAGCAGGCAGAUCAUUGAUACUGUUUUGUUUACUGGCCAGUUUACAGGAUUCUGGCCCCAUCGAUAGCAAAUUGAAAAGAGGCCGACUUAAAUAAAUGGCUUUGAAUAAAAUGCA